AUGCUUAUAUCACAAUAUGCUUCUGUGAAAGAUGAGAAAAGUGAUCUUUGCUUAGAAAGUUCAUCCCUUAACAAGGAUAAGAUUCUUUGUCUUAAAGGUGAAAUAGAUAAACUGAAAGCCAAAGUAGAAGAAUUAGAAUUGGAAAUAGAAUUAGAAUACACAUCUCAUGAUUCAGAUACCACUUCAUUUAGGGAUAAAAUAAGUGAAUUAAAUUCCCUUAAUCAUAUAUUGGAGCAGGAAAAAGAUGAUUUAAAUUCAAAGAAACAUGAAUUGAAAGCCAAGAUAGGGCGUAAGGAUUCUGAAAUCACCUCUCUUGAAGCUAAAACUAGAAUAAGGAAAUUGAAAGAUCAGUUAGAACAACAAAUAUUCCAGUCAUCUCACGAAUCGAACAUAAUUGGUAGAGCUGAAGCAGAUCCAAACUCAGCUAAGAACUCUUUGGAAAAAGAGUUUCUUCCUCAAGAAACCAAUACUCAUUUAGCAGAGCAAAUUUUGAAAGCAUCUAGUGAGUUUAAUGAAGUGAUUGGAGAUGAUAGCAAACCAGAGAAAGUUAACGAAAUCACUAGCCCUGAAAUAAUCUCA